CUCAUUUUCACCGCAAACACAGACACCGAGUCCCGCAGGAGACAUGUCCACCGCCCUGGAGAGCUACAUUAACCGCACCGUGGCCAUCGUCACCUCCGACGGGAGAAUGAUUGUGGGAACCCUGAAGGGCUUCGAUCAGACCAUCAACCUGAUCCUGGAUGAGAGUCACGAGCGGGUGUUCAGCUCCAGUCAGGGUGUGGAGCAGGUGGUGCUGGGACUCUACAUCGUCCGAGGAGACAAUGUAGCUGUGAUUGGAGAAAUCGAUGAAGAGCACGACUCCACUCUGGAUUUAGGAAACAUCAGAGCUGAGCCGCUCAACUCAGUGGCCCACUGACCCCUCGACCUUUGACCCUCUCUUCACCCCCCUCCCUCCCUCCACUCUCACCUAUCCUGGCUGCCAUCUCCACGGCGACAGAAGGGGAGAGA